GACCCUGGAUAUCAAGAUGAACUUUGCCAUUGGCUGGAUGAGGCUGUGUCCAAGACACCGAAGCCCAGCAACUGGGAAGCUGACACCGUGCAGGAGUUUGCGCACAAUAUUCUGGGAAAGAGGGACAUGAAUAAAAGGCUGGUUCUGCGAAAGUGUUACAUGGACAUGUGUAGCCUUGUCCACAAAUGGUUGCUUCACAAUUUCUCCCAAGAGGACAUGGGCGUUUUCGUCAUUACAGGCACUCCCGGCAUUGGGAAAUCCGUUUUUCUGGCUUAUGUGGCAGAGGGCAUCAACAUCGUCAUCCAGCUGGGCAAGGAGUGGCGGUCGCGUCAGAAGAACUACGACAGCGUUUGGAAACAGGCUGAAGGUCGUUCAGAGCGCUAUUUCAUGCCAGUGUGGUCGGAAGAGGAGGAGCAGAUGGCAUAUGCCAUGAUUGGAGGGAGUGUGCGAUACUUGGGCAAAUUGCUGGUGGCAGUAGCCAAGAAUAAGACCACUCUGGAAGAGGAAGCAAAGCAGAUGAUUCGCGACUGCGUCGUGAAGUGCACGUUUGAAGACUUGUGUCAGGCUGCUGACAGUGGCGGUGCAGACAUAGAUGCGCAGAACAACAGGAGCAAGAUGAGUCGGGUGCUUCACAUCCAUUCGGAUGCCAAGUUUCAGACGCCCAAUGUGAAGUUGAUUGAGUCCGAGGUUUGCAAAUCCAAGGAGGUGGAGCUUGUUUGCACUGCAUUGAAGACGAAGGACAAGAAAGA